AUGUCUGGCUACCGUCAAGAGAGGCCGCUGCCGGGCACUGCCAGGAAUGUUCGCCGGGAUGAGAUGCAAAUGGAAGCGUCAAAUCAGAUGAAGCCGGUGGUGCGAUCCGUCACAAGCACCGGGCCAAGAGGUCGCAUCCCUCAGCAAAGCCCGGUCACCGCAUUUCUGCGUGAGAUUGGCUUGGGACAAUAUGCCCAAGCAUUGCGGACCCAUGGUUUUGAGGACCUCGAGACGCUCAUGGCGAUGCGUGAGGAACACAUGCGCGAAGUGGGAAUGGCAACGGGGCACAUUGUGAAGCUGAAGCGCCAUUUGUGCGAGUGCGAGCCGAACCACUUCUUGGCCACGGCCUCCCCUCUUCGGGCCAGCAUCGGUGGACCGCGAAAAGUCGAUUCGUCGUUGGUGGCCAUGACGGCAGUUCAGCGAAGUUGGCAGCAAGUGAAGGAACUUGGCACAGAUGUUGCUGGUGGCCUGUUCUACAAGAAGUUCUUUGAAGUGGAGCCUUCGGCCAAGGCACUCUUCCCCAUGUCCGUGCGCCUGCGCUACAAGAAUUGGGAUUCAGACCAACAAGAGACGGAUGACAUGUCGGAGUCUCCAGCGUUGCGGAGGCUCUGGGGCCGAUUCAUUGAAGUUAUUGGCAGCGCAGUUGCUGGCCUCCAAGACACGGCAAAGAUGGUUCCCAUGUUGCGAGAGCUUGGGAUGCGCCAUGUUGGAUAUGGCCUGAAGGCUGAAUACUUCGACCUGGCCGGUGCAAUUCUGCUGGAAAUCCUGGCAGACUGGCUCGGGGAGAGCUUCAACAAGGAAGUGGAGAAUGCCUGGGUGAUGGUCUCCGGCUUCGUGAUCGCCACGAUUGCUUCGGGCUACACCGCCGCCGUGGAGGGGAUCCGGGCGAAGGAGGGAGAGUUGAGGUCCCUUAUGGUUCUUGUCUAA